UCAAGUAAAAGGGGGUUGAACCGAGGACGUGUGGUUUCUUGGAAAAGUGGCAUCUGUGUGAGGAAGCAGAGUCUUCUGCUGGUCAUCAUCAGCCACUCUGCACUCCAUAAAACCACCGACUCUGUCUCUCUACUCAUUUUAACGCACAAACCUUCGGAUUCUAAACUGCUCCCAAGUUGUUAACCAUGAGGACAAACGUAUGGAUUUACCAAGCUCUGGUGUGUGUUGUGGUGUUGGAUACAGGUUGCUGUAGAAGGACUCACCAGUCAUUACAAAAGUAUGAGAAGACUGAGAGCCACAUGCUGGUUUGCACAGACUGUCCUCAGCCCUCUUUGGUACGAAGUAGCCGAUCACAGGAACACUGCGCCCGCAAGUGCAAGAAGGUCAAGAAAAACUUCAACUGCAGGGCUUUCAACUUUCAAAGGCACAACAGGAAAUGCCACUUGCUUCCCUUUGACCGUUUCACACACGGUGUGCAGAAGCAGGCCAACACCAACUUCACUUUGUAUGAAAAAAAAGAUUAUAUAAGGGAGUGUAUCAUCGGCACCAAGGACAACUACAGAGGGAGGAGGUCUUGGACAAAGUCAAACAUAACUUGCCAAGCUUGGUCUGAUAAUAACAUCAAUGAGCACACGUUUUAUCCUGAUAGGUACCCAACGCAAGACUUGAGGGAGAACUUCUGUCGGAAUCCCAACAACGAUCCUGGUGGUCCGUGGUGCUACACCACAGAUCCCAACGUACGAGCUGAGGAGUGUGGCAUACCACAGUGUUCAGAGGAGGUUUGUAUUACGUGUAACGGGGAGGAUUACCGGGGCAAAGUAGACCAUACAGAGAGCGGCAAGGAUUGUCAGAGAUGGGACUCAGCAAGGCCUCACAAACACCACUUCCAGCCCAAAAAGUACAAGGACAAAGAUUUAAAGGACAACUACUGUCGUAACCCAGAUAAUCGUAUGCGUCCCUGGUGCUACACCACGGAUCCCAAAACUCCAUGGGAGUACUGCAACAUCACUGUGUGUGACUCUAACUCCAAUGAAGACACAGAUGUAAAUGUAACAACAUCCUGUGUCCAGGGAAAGGGCACAGAUUACCGAGGCACAAUGAAUGUCACUCCAGAGGGUGUGACAUGUCAGCGUUGGGACUCCCAGUUCCCCCAUAACCACUCCUUUCUUCCUAAGAACUUCAAAUGCAAUUUUUGUGUGUGUUAUAGAGACCUCAGAGAGAACUACUGCCGUAACCCUGAUGGUGCAGAUUACCCAUGGUGCUUCACUACAGACCCUAAUCAGAGGAUAGCCAACUGCACCCACAUCCCCAGGUGUGAUGCUGAGGCCACACAAAAAAUGGAGUGUUAUGAAGCCAAUGGAGAGACAUACCGGGGCACUUUAUCCAUAACUCGAUCAGGGAUUCCUUGUGCAGACUGGACACAUCACAUAAACAGUGGGGAUUCUCACUCUACAGUAUCCCAUGUAGGGUUGGAGAAGAACUACUGCCGGAACCCAGACCAGGACAAGCAUGGUCCUUGGUGUUACACCAACCCAAAUAACCGCUUGGCUUGGGACUACUGCAAACUGAAGCACUGUGAAUCAGCUACAGUGGCUCCUCAACCAGAGGCUCUAACCAGACCCAAGAUAUCAUGCUUUGUGCAUAUAAACACCAGAAUUGUUGGAGGACACCAAGUUCAAGGCACAGAUGGCAGCUGGGUUGUAAGCAUCCAAAGAGAGAAGGUUCAUUUGUGUGGUGGCUCACUGAUCAGAGAAGACUGGGUUUUGACAGACCAACAAUGCUUCACGUCCUGUGUUCCAGAUCUCAGGGAGUACAGUGUGCAGGUCGGUCUACGCCACCUCAAUGAGUCCUCAAACCACCCAAGACUACGCAUCUCUCGUCUGAUCUGUGGCCCAGAAGGAUCCAACCUGGUUAUGCUGAAACUAGCGGAUCCUGCCCCUGUGUCUGAGGGUGCCUCCACUAUUCAUCUUCCAGUAAAAGAGUGUCACAUCACCGAGGGCACCAACUGCACCAUGUAUGGAUGGGGGGAAACCAAAAAUACAGAACGUGAUGAGACACUGAAUGCUGUGACUAUGCCAAUGGUCAACAAUGACAUGUGCUCACAAAUCAAAGGGGAUGCUGGGGAAAGCAGGAUAUGUGCUGGCGGCAAGAGAGGAGAAGGUGUAUGUGAUAAAGACAAUGGUGGCCCAUUGGUCUGCCAAGAACAUGAGCGCAAAGUCAUCAUUGGUGUGAGCAUCCAAAGGACAAAAUGUGCCUCAUCGCAGCCCGCACUUUUUGUUAAUGUUGCUUUCUACUCUGAGUGGAUAUACAAAGUGUUCAAAUUUUACCCCAGUUUGGAGAGGAACUGAUGGUGUGGUGUGAAAAAUCAACUCCAUCCAGGACUGUACCACAACCUCUAAGGGGAGGCGCAGCUUUGGGCCAGAAAAUUCCAAGACCUCUCCAACAUGGACCACAGGGGAGGAAUGAGUUUCAGGAAAAUGACCUUAUGGAAAGUGGCCAGUUUGGGAUUUUUGUGGCCGAAUUUGUCAUUUUAUGAAGAGGUCAGAAACUAGUGAUUGGAGCAAUCGAGACUGGAUAUCCAAAUGGAAUCUUUCAUUUUGCAAAUGAAGACAUCCAGGUUGUUAGCCUUAAUACCUUUUUUUACAACCAAAGUCUUGGGCACAUGGACGGCGGACUAAUUGUAUUUUGACAUGUUCAGAAUUUCUGAAGCCAUGCAAAGACAAUGAGAAUGACACUUGUGACUCAGUAUUGUCUCCUGGAAUAUACUUGAAUAUGGACAGAAUCCAGUUCACGAUGGUUACCUCAUGCGGUAGCUUCCUGUGACUGAGAGUUCUUGUUUUUUUAUGUGUUGUGCUGGACUGCAAAACAUCUUUUUACCUCCAACACAAGUGAUGUGGAUGGACACAAAUGGCGUUCCUUAAUGUCAACAAAUAUACUAAUCUGUUCAUAAGUUUUGGGAUACCUUACAAAUAUCACUUCAACAGUGAUGAAUGUUAUUAAGUUACUAAAAGAGUCCAACAAAGAACUAUACUAAUACCAAAAAAGAUGAAAAGCAAAAACAUGAAAAGGUCAUUAUAAACUCAUAAUUAGGUAGUAAAGACCCUAAAAGUCCCUGCGAGAAUAUAUCUGAGAAUCCACAUCUGUGAGUCCGAUAAGUUCAAAAAUGGCUUCAGAUAUACCACUAGUUAAGUAUGUAAGAUACACCAUUGCUGCUUGAAAAGCGAACUGCAGCAGACUUGGCAAACUGUGCAGUGCUAAUUGUGUGCAGUAGCUGGACUACCUUUUCCCUAGUUAGCUGUAACUGUUAGUUUCCCCAUGAGAGGGUCUAAGUAGGACUGAGCGAACUGCUCCAAAUCUUAUGCUAAUAUUUGUAGCAUGAGAGAGAGAAGAGCCAUGCCAAAUAUAACAUGGCUAUUUGGUCUCCACUUUGGAGGGAACUGUGGCCCCUGGCGGGCUGUGUGUGGUCAGUAGGAUAUUUUAUACUUUUUUUGUUUCAUAGAAGGUGACUCCUUAUGUGCAUAACUGCAGAUUUAUUGAGUAUGUUUCUGCCAUGCUGUAAGAUUUUAUAGGUCUUAUAGAUCUGGAAUAUUUUUGGUUCACUUAGUAACAUCAGAUUGGCUUCUUCUUGCCUCUGAUUAUGUUUAAUAUUUAAAGAAACUGGUAGCUUGUAAGUAGUAGUUAGGUAUAUUUAUUUUUUUAAUUAGGAGAUUACAUUGUUGUAAACUGAAUCCAGAUUUUGGUGAUAUUCAGAUUUUUGUUUCUUUGCUCUGAGAGUAAUGAAGGCAUUUGACUCCCAUGGAAUAGCCACACAAACAUCAAAUAAUUUGAUAAGGACACCAUUCUUCAUAUAGUCACAGUUAUAUUUCAAGGCUGUUGUUUUAUGCUAAUUUUGUGUUUUUUUGCCAAUAUUUUCAAAUACUAGCUAAAAUAGAGACAAUAAAAUAAUUUAUAAUAAUGAAACUCUUAAAAGUUUGUUUACAACAAAACACAAUGUGGAAACAUAUCAAAUUCAGGCAGAUUAGGCAACUGAAGCCUAAUCAAUAAGGAACAAACCACUACAGUUGAGGAUGUAUAAUUACAAUAUCAUUGGCUACCUGUUGUUGGCCAUUUCUAGUUGAUAAACAAAAUGACAAUUUAUGAAAUAUUAUAAAUAUGUUUGAUGCUUGUUAGAGGUUAGAUGACAAUUUACUUAGCUAAUUAGACUUGGACAUGGAUGUGUUUCUCUUAAAUAAUUCAGUCUAUGACCAUUUGCAAACGUUUUCAAAAGGCCAGAUGAUACCUAUUGCCCUAAAUUCCCUAAAUGAUACCACAAUGGCCCUGUGAUUCACCUCUCAUUUAGCAUUAACAGGACUGUAUUUUACUGUGUUUGUGUGGCUCUUACCUGAAAGUUUAACCAUGUAUUCUAUUCUCAGCUCUGAGCUGAAUGUUCUGAUUAUCACAUGAAAACUGGUACAAUAAAGGAACAAACAUUGACACAUUAGGCUUUAAGACAAUGGACUGUAUGUUCCCACCAGUCAGUGAGUCAUUUUGCUCUUUGUUCAAAAUACCAAAAAGUACUUUGAAGUAAAAAUGAUCAGCGUGGCCUUUAUUGUGUUUUGAGGACACAUGCAGUCCUCUCAGUAGCCCUGUGCAGGUUACAAACAAGAUGAAAUUUACCGGAAUAAAACUUAAAAACAUUAAACGUGACUGACUGAUUAUAACAGUGAAACCAAACAUCAAAUAUUCUUAGUGAUGGACCAUAUAAUUUUAUUGUGAAUUGAUCUGUUUUCUUGUCAACCAUGCUCUUAUUUCAUUUUAACUGUUAUUUAAUUUACCGUUAUGUAAAUAGCUCAGUGCAUUGUGUAAAUUACAAUUUGUAAUUUUUGUAAAUAUCAUACUUAAUAUUUUUACUUUGUGACGAUUCUGUUUAUAUUUGUACAAUGUAAACUAUAACAGCUGCUAUUUUUGUGUUAGUGAGUUGUUUUAUACCUAUGACCUUUUUCUG